CUCACGCAUCUGCCAAGCCUGCAGCUUCCGUGAGGCUGUGAAGGACAACUUGCAUUAAGGGCGGUCACGAACGAGCUUCUGCUGGCAAAUGCGCGAUUCACAUGUUUACUUGCAGACGCAAAUGGUCGAUUCGGCGGUUCCGAGCUUGCGCGGGGACCGCAGCGAAGCAAAGCGGAGCGAAAAUGUGUUCCCUCAAAUUGUCACCGUCGGCUACCGCUUCGGACCCCUGAUAAACUUGAUAUCUGUUGGCAUCUGUCGCGGGUUGCCGAUGGCGCGCCGUACCUCGCAAUUUGGGCAUUAAAGCCCCGCGUUCGGGCGUGCGUCUGCCUGUUUCCCUCAAUACACAUUUCCAGCUAGCCAUCCAUUGCGGGCUUGUUCAACUUAUUACCUGCUCACUUUAACGUGAAAGCAAAAAACGAAUGAUUCACGCGACUGUGCCUCCGCACCGCUUCGUCAAUGCCGCUGAUGGCUCGGGCUCUCGCUCUUCGAGGCGCCCUCACAAGAUGUGGCUAGCCUGGCUGGCUAGGGCUGCGCGCGGAGUCAAGGGCGUGUGGAAGCAUUUCGCUCGGCACUGCUCGCUCGCGAGCACUGGCAUUGCGACCCCGUCGGACUGCGCUGCGUCGCCGGCAACACUGUCGCGGAGCACUUCCGACAACAGUCUCCGCUCGGCAGAUAGCUUUGACCGGAUCCGUGAGGUCAAAGUCGCCUUCGAGCCUGCGGUUGUGUGCGUCAGCAGCGACCCCAACAGCUGCUCCUCCAAAUCCGCACUCGCGCCUCCGCCGGCGCCUAAGCAGCAGAAGCCCGCCAAGCCCGCGCGCAUCCUGCUCCCAGUCGCGUCCAUUGCCGCCGCGCUGCACGGUGCUGCGCCGGCGGCUAGCGGCUGUGACGCUGCUGGCGGUGACGUGAUCCCGGCAGAGGCCUGCGUGGCUUACUCGGUGCUGUCUUCGCCCCGGCCAAUGGCCCUCGGCGGCAACCUGCUGAGCGGUCCGCGCCAGCUGCAGGCCUCCUUCUUGAAGCUGCAGCAGGCGGCCAGUGACGCCGCCACCUCCGUGGCAGCCAAGCCCGUUAGCAUUGCCGCCGCCGCUGCCGCUGCGGCAGCGCCGGCGUCGGUGCAGCAGCAGGAGGUGCCCACCCCGGUCAUGUCGGCUGAGGAGCACGCCGCGGCGCAGGCGGCUCAGGCGCGCCAAUUUGCGGAGUGGCGCCGGGCCGACAUGGAGCAGACGGCGGCGCAGGACGCCACACGCACCGUCUUCCCGACGCUGCACACUGUGUUAAGCUAUCAAUGGUCCAAGGUGCCUUCCGUCUACACGGAGGUGUCGGUGGCGCCGGGCUUUGUGAUACAGCCCAAGGCGGCAAGCGCCUAAUAAUGCGCCGCUAUGCAGCUGCCGGGCAGGACGGAUCAGCGGACCACGCGCGCGGCGGCUGGCAGCAGCUUGACCGGCGGGCGCGCGGCCUUGCGCCUGACGAGCGCGCACUACACUGACCGCAAACGACAAAGGGUACUAUGGAGUUAAGGCCGCAACAAGCAGCGGCAAGAGGGGUGGCGUGCCACUUGGUAUAAGUAUGCAGGUAUAAGCAAAGGCACUACUUGUGCCUAUUCGCAGCAAGAUAAUGAGGCCGCACGGCUAAUUGGCCACGCCUUCAGAUGAGGUGACAGCCAUCCCAUUGAAUGGAUGGUCCUAACGGAACACCAGCCGCCGUGACAAGCGUAGGAGUGAGCUCGCAGGCUCGCAGCAUGACGUCCCGGAACUUUCGCAGGGUGCUUGACACUACUGGGUGCGAUACUGCACCAGCAGUGCACCUAGUGCACUAAGUGCACUAACAAGCCCUAUCUGCGGCGUUGAUUCACGCCGCACACAUACAUGCUCAGAAUGAAGUGAUUACUGCGCGCCGCAAAUGUGCGCUGCCGGAUGUCGAUGUGGGGCGUGCCUCCCAGCCCCCUAGAGUGAACUAUGAGUGAUUCGCAGCUCGGGCCCAAGCAGGGGUUUUGUAUGAUACCUAGAGAUUUGUGGCCGGAUGGAGUGGUUGAACGCGUACGUAAAUGCGGGCACAGCAAGGACUAGUGUAUGGAUUGAUUUAAGCUCCCCGUAGAAGGCGCAAGCCUAUGGAGAGCCGUAGAGUAGGUUUCGCAAGCAAUAGAUUGAUUUAAGCUCCCCGUAGAAGGCGCAAGCCUAUGGAGAGCCGUAGAGUAGCGCACCGCCCGGGUGCUGGCCAGCAGAUUGGCGGCUUCAGCUGGGGCGGGGCUUAGGGCCUCUCUGUGAUACUUUUGGUUCAGGACUGUUGUAUGCAAGUCCCACACAAGAAGCUCGCUCUUGGUGGCUGCGCCUCCGAAGGUGAGGGGCGGUGCUUUUGUGGCCGGUCGGAAAGCAUCUGACGUAGAUGGAUACCAUAGUGUUUCCCCAAAGGGUUGGGCGAGGUCCCAUCCAGUUGACUAUGUUGUGGCACCGAACAGCGGAUGGCCCGACUGAUGGUGCAUGCGUAUUAGAUGGUGAACUACGCGUGGUGACAGUGCCGCAGUGGCCUUGGCAAUGGCCAGGAUACCCGCAGACUGUAAAGGAUGGAGUUG